AUGGUGAUGGAGAUCUGUGACACGGACCUCAAGAAGCUGUGUCGCACCGAUGUCCAUUUAGGCCCGAAGCUUGAUCUGAUCUUCCAAUGUCGCGUCCUCCACUCCCUCCCUCCCUCCCUCCCUCCCUCUUCGAUGCACAUCAACACCCUGCUGUACAGCCUGCUGGUUGGGCUGAAGUACCUUCACUCCGCGGGGAUCUACCACCGCGACCUGAAGCCGGCAAACUGCCUUGUGAACAAGGACUGCACGGUGAAGAUCUGCGACUUCGGCCUCUCUCGGGCCAUCGGUGGGGAGCAGCCGCACCUGACGGCGCUGCCCAACACGCCGCGGGCCGAGGGGCAGGGCGACGAGCCCGCGGCGGCGCCGGAGGGCACGCAGCAGUCUCAGCGGCUGAAGCGGUACCUCACGGGGCACGUGGUCACCAGGUGGUACCGCGCCCCCGAGCUGAUCCUGCUGCAGGAUAACUACACCGAGGCCAUUGACGUGUGGUCGGUCGGGUGCAUUUAUGCAGAGUUGCUGGGCAUGCUCGAGGGGACGAGACCAACAGAUCGCGGCCCCCUCUUCCCUGGUUCGUCCUGUUUCCCUUUGUCGCCUGACCACAAGCACAAGGAGGAUUACGAGUACCACACGCGUGGUAAGCACGACCAGCUGAACAUGAUUUUCAGCUUGCUGGGCACCCCCUCGCCAGCAGACAUAGAGCAGCUGGAGCGCGAGGACGCGAAGCGGUACAUCAAGUGCUUCUCGACGCGCAGCGGGGACGGCCUCGCGUCCAAGUUUCCGCACGUGGACGCGGACCGGACAGCUUGUUGGGAGCGAGUGGUUCCGAGCCGCGGGAGGCAAUAA